GCUGAUUAUCACGAGGCAAGUAAAGGAAGAAGAAUGAGAAGCGCCGAGAGCAGCCGCGCCGACUUACUCUUCCUCAAUUUCAACCAGGAAGCCUCAUGUAUCAGUGUGGGUACUCGCCAAGGUUUCGCAAUCUAUAACUGCGAACCCUUCGGCAAAUGCUUCCAGGAAGACAUGGGGGGCAUCGGUAUCGCAGAGAUGUUGUAUUGCACUAGUUUGGUUGCUCUUGUCGGCGCCGGGGAUCAGCCUGCGUUCUCACCACGUCGAUUGCGUGUGUGGAAUACCAAGACUGGGGCUGCCAUCUGCGACCUGAAUUUCGUUACGGCUGUAUUGGCUGUGCGCAUGAACCGACAGAGAUUGGUGGCAGUUUUGGAGCGCAAAAUUUACAUCUUUGACAUCAGUACAAUGAAAAUCCUGGAGACUCUGGAUACAUCUCCCAACCCGAAGGCAUUGUGUGUGCUCUCCCCACACGACAAUGGUCAUUUGGCCUUCCCGUCUGGCGCUUCGCCCGGCGAAAUUGUGCUGUAUGACGCCAAUAAUCUCAGUGUGCUGAACGCAUUUCAUGCUCACCGUACGGCACCUGUGGCCAUGGCAUUUAACCCACAAGGCUCGUUGCUGGCUACUGCUUCGGUAUCGGGCACGUUGAUUCGUGUAUUCGCUGUUCCUAGUGGCAAGAAAGUUGCUGCCUUUCGACGUGGCUCGUAUGGUGCCCAAGUUUACUGCUUGGCAUUUAACGAGAGCUCCACCAUCCUGUGUGCAUCUAGUGACACCGGUACCAUUCAUUUUUUCUCGCUCACUGGAGCUGAGAGUUCAGCUACAGGAAGUUUUGGCCAUUUCACGCCAAUCACGUCGACGCUUGCAGUCGCUGGAAGCACCUUUGGCUCGACUGUUUUUGGAGCUGCUGCGUCACCACCGAGUCCGAUUGCCUCCACAACGUUAGGAUCUUCGCCUGGUAAACCGGCGAUGCAUGCUGCCAGCUCAGCGCGAACGACGCGAACCAAUUCUAGCUCAGCAGCAAGCAACUUUGACGACGUGGCUGGCGUUAUGAGUGCCUAUUUGCCCAGUUCCUUUUCGGGGAUCGCUGAAGGCACUCGCGAUUUUGCCUACGCUCGACUUCGCUCUACUGGAGUGCCGAACCUGUGUGCAAUUCAUGGCCCACGAGAUGCCAGCAACCCCAUAGUGCAACUGUACGUGGCAACCACAGAUGGCUACUUUUACGAAUACUCUCUCAACCUUGCUGUCGGGGGCAAGUGCAAGCUGGAAAGGGAAAAUGUCCUUCGAGACAGCACGUCCGAAGAGAUCGAGGCCAUUUACAUUUCGUAG